AUGGCCGAAAAUGCAGCGAAGAGGCUCAAGACCGAGAGCGGACUUGUCACCAUUGGCACCCACAAUGGUCAUUUCCACGCCGACGAGGCACUAGCCGUCUACAUGCUACGCCAACACAUUCCUACAUACUCCGGUGCGCGUUUGGUGCGCACACGCGACCCUAAACUGCUUGACGAGUGCCACACCGUUGUCGACGUCGGCGGCGAGUACGAGCCGGCCCGCUACCGUUACGACCACCACCAGCGCUCGUUCGCCACCACCUUCCCUGACCGGCCUACCAAGCUUAGCAGCGCCGGUCUGGUCUACCUGCACUUUGGGCGGGAAAUUGUGGCGCGUCGUCUUGCCGCCCCCGAGGACAGCGAGCAGGUUGGAUUGAUAUGGCGCAAGAUCUACGAGGGUUUCGUUGAGGCGUUGGACGCACACGACAAUGGAAUUAGCACCUAUGACCCUGCUGCCCUGGCCGCCGCAGGCAUCGAGAAGAGAUUUUCGGACGGAGCCUUCACUCUCGGCUCCGUAGUGGGCCGGUUAAACCCUAACUGGAACGACCCUGUGCCCGACGACCCUGUCGCUGCGCAGGCGGCUGAGGACAAGCGCUUUGAGCUAGCCAGCCAGAGAAUAGGCGAGGAGUUUGACCGCGACCUCGACUAUUACACUCAGGCUUGGCUCCCGGCGCGGGAAAUCGUUGCUGGCGCGUUUGCUGCCCGGCCAGAGUUUGACGGCGAGGGUCGCAUCAUGGUGCUGCAAGGACAGUCGGCACCAUGGAAGGACCAUCUGUACAGUUUGGAGGAGCAAAUCCAAGUGGCUGGGAAAGUCCUCUAUGUGCUGUAUCCCGAGAAGCCCACCCUGGAUGCAAAGUGGAGAAUACAGUGUGUUCCGAACUCGAAGGACUCAUUCCAGAGCCGGAAGCCUUUGCCUGAGGUGUGGAGAGGUUUCCGGGACGACAAGCUGGACGAGAUAUCCGGAAUCAACGGUUGCGUUUUCGUGCACGCCGCAGGGUUCAUUGGAGGGAACAAGUCUUUUGAUGGUGCGCUCGCCAUGGCAAAGAAGGCUCUCGAAAUAUAG